CUUUCACCCCUUUCGUGACCACUUAUUGUUUUGGAAAGCAGCUGACUGCACCAAGAAAAUGUCAAGGGACGAAAAGAUUGCGAUAAUUGGAAGUGGUCUGAUUGGCCGCAGUUGGGCUAUGCUCUUUGCCAGUGUUGGCUAUAAAGUGUGCAUCUAUGACAUCCUGUCAGAACAAAUAGAUAGUGCCCUGAAGGAAAUCCUAGUGCAGUUGAAGAAACUCGAGGAGAGUGGUCUAUUGAGGGGGAAGAUAUCUGCUGUUGAGCAGCAUAAGCUCAUCACAGGGUGCACAGACUUCAAGGAGUGCGUUGCAGGUGCAAAACAUGUUCAGGAAUGUGUACCAGAGUCAAUUGAGCUGAAACGUAAGGUGUUUGAGCAGCUAGAUGCCGUGGCUGAUGACAAGAUGGUGCUUUGUAGCUCUACUAGUACUAUGCCAGCAUCAUCCUUUACUGAACACCUCACACAUAGAGCUCAAUGUAUUGUGGCACACCCUACAAACCCUCCCUUCUACUGCCCUCUAACUGAGCUAGUGCCAUCCCCCUGGACUUACCCACAUGUCACCAAAAAUACUCGUGAAAUACUUGAAGAAAUAGGCCAGAGUGUUGUUCUCUUAAACAAAGAAAAAUUUGGCUUUGCCUUGAAUCGCCUUCAAUGGGGGAUGAUGUCAGAAAUAUGGCGCCUUGUCCAGACAAACCCUCCAUACUAUGCACCUUUAGUGGAAGUAGUUCCAGCACCAUGGACAAAUGGUGUAGUGAUAUCUAAUACUAAAUCCCUCUUGGAGGAGAUAGGGCAAACUCCAGUGGUGCUAAAGAAAGAAGUUCUUGGAUUUGUGUUAAAUCGUAUACAGUAUGCACUGUUGAAUGAAUGUUGGCGCCUUGUGCAGGAUGGGACAAUUAGUGUUGAAGAUGUUGAUAAGGUGAUGUCAGAUGGCUUAGGUAUGAGAUAUGCCUUCAUGGGACCCUUGGAAACAGCAUACCUCAAUGCAGAUGGUUGGAAGAGUUACUCAGAGAGAUACGCAGACACAAUCUUCAAUGUUGCUCAGGAUUUCGGCCCAACACCUCGUAUGGAGGGUGAAACUCUAGAGAUAGUUCACAAUGACCUUGCUAGCAGAAUACCAUUGGAUAAACUUAAUGAGAGGCGAGCUUGGAGGGAUGCCAGACUAGCUGGACUGGCAAAGUUAAAGAAGGAAAUGAAUGAAAAAUGAGUUAAAUGAUGAUUUUUAAAGAAUGCAGCUCACAAUUAUUGAACUGAAUCCAACUAUGCCAAUAAUAAUGAAUAUUGUAACUAUAACUAAAAUUGUUAAAUGAUUUUUUCUGCAGGGUAAAUGACAAAUCAAAUUGCUGGUUUGAGAUAUUCUGAUCUCUCCCUUAGCUUAACUUGAUUUGGCAAAGCAUGUAUACUAUUUUUUACUCACAUGUAUACAAAACUGUGCAAUAAAGUAACCAAAAUAGUCAGAUACUUAAUCUAGUGUGAAAAUAAUUCAAGAAUUGCUUUCAAUAGCAUCUUUAUGAAAACUUGAUUGUGAACAGUAGUUAAUAUUUAUAUUCUGAAAGGAAAAUUAAUUUGACAUAAAUAGUCAGCAUUUUCUGAAAUGAUUAAUAUGAAUAUGAAGUUGUAUAUAACUUUGCCAUAUUCUUAAUCAUUUGAAAUAUACACAGGCAGAGAUAGAAUGAUAUUACAAAAUAAACAUGUAGAAUACAGAAGUGUAUUUGAAAGAAAGAUAUUAAAUAUAUAAUUAAAUAAACAA